AUGGUACAAGUUAGAACAUUGUGCAAUGAAAUAGAACGUGUAAGCAUUCUUAGAGAAUGUGGUAAAUUGAAUGUCAAGAUGAAUGGACAAAUAAUCGAAACAUUGAAGUCUUCAGCAGUUUGUUUUUCAGAUCUAAUUAAAGAAAAAUGCAUUUUGAAUAAACAGAUAUCAUCGAUUGAAUUGAAUCUAAAUAUCAAGUGUGGAGAUUCAAUCAACAUACUCAAAAAGUUCAUAGAGACAGGAAUUCUUGAAUUUGAAGAAGAUGAAGAUCAUUAUCAUGAUAUAUUUGAAUUUGGGAAGCAUUUUCGUAAUCAACUCUUGAUACAAAUGUAUAUAAAACAUAUCAAAACAGAUAGUUCCAUUACAAAUGAAAACGUAUUUCGGAAAUAUGAAAUUUCUGUUAUUGAAAACGAUUUAACAACACAAAAUCAAUGUCUCGAAUAUAUUACAUCACAUUUAUAUUGUUUGAAUGACGCUGAUAUUAUCCAAUAUACAGUUCAAUUUGGAUAUGACUUCUUCGAAAAAAUUUUAACAUCUAAAUCUCUAAAAAUUGAAAACGAAGAUAAAUUAUGCAUGUUACUACUCGAAAUUUGCAAACGUGACAAUAAGUUCUUUGAUUUAUUUAGAUGUAUUUCAUUAGCAUAUUGCACUUCUCAUAUAAUUGAAGAAAUUUAUGAUUUUUCAGUUGAAAAUUCAUUCGAAUCAAUUCUUCUAAAGAUUUAUAAAGACACACUAAAACAUUAUCAUUCAAAUAUUCGAAAUAAAAUUGAACUCUCGAAUAACUCUGAUUCAUCAUUCGAUAAACCAUUCAUUCCAACCCUAAUUGAGAUUUCAAAUAAUCCUAUUAAUAUACAUGUGUUGAGAUACACCGAAAUUUCAAAAGAAAUUCAAAUGGAAUAUUCAUCAUCAUCUGUUAACAGGGGAAAAAUAACAGAUAUAAAUACAUAUUCAAGUCAUGAUGAUUUUUAUACAUACUAUGAGUCAGAUAAUCAAUGGAUACGUGUUGAUCUCAAGGGAUAUAAAUUAAAACCAAGUUCUUAUAUUUUACUUUCAGCAUUCAGAUCUGAUUAUCUUUUGAGAUAUUGGAGGCUAGAAGGUAUAAAGGAAAAUGGAUCAACUGUUGUAUUGGAUAAUAAAGAUUAUGCAUUUAAAAAAGCUGAAACUCAAGAAUUUCCACUUCAAACAAAUGACUAUUUUGUUGCUUUCAUGAUAAUUCAAACAGGUAAGAAUCAACACAAUAAUGACAGUGAUAAUGAAUUAGCUAUCCAAGUAUUUGAUUUCAAAGGCGAAUUAAUUAAAAUUUAA